CUAAUCCCUGUCCCAGAGUGCAGUAAAAUAUUGUGCUCAGUCUCUCCUGACACUCUGGCUCACUGGAGCUAGCCUUACACCAGCUCUGACAGUCUGGUUACAUGCACGCUGGUAGAGCUGAGUUUGCAGAUAUUUAAAUCUCUUUUCCAAAACGUUUUUUGGCAAACUUUGUAUGAAACUCCUUGCCAGGAAAUCUUGUAAAGUAGUUUUACACCACAAUGAAGGAGCUGAAACUACUUUAACUUCAAGUUAGGAUUUAAAGAUUACUGCAGAUUUCAGAGUGUGUGUUUGUUGAGGAAAAUUUUUCUUACAUUUGGUUCAAAUUUUCUGCAUUUGAUGCAAGAGGUGAACACAUAAGGAGGAGAAAGUUUGUGAUUUUAAGGCCAGACUGCUGAAGCAGAUUCAAGAAACUAUGGAGCCUUGGGCAGAGAUGAGGUUCCUAAGAAUAAAUAAUGCUAAACUUUUCAUCACAAUUUUGCUCAGUUUUAGCCUGACUGUAAAUGUGCAGGGACAACCGCUAGCUCUUAGGGAAGAGGACAUACCCCAGGGUGCAGCCUCAUUGGCCUUCGUCUUUGACAUUACGGGUUCCAUGUACGAUGAUUUAGUUCAAGUGAUAGAGGGAGCAGCAAAGAUUCUGGCUACAACGAAAGCAAGAAGAGAGAAGCCUCUGUACAACUAUGUUCUGGUUCCAUUUCAUGAUCCUGAUGUUGGACCAGUGGUGGACACACGAGAUGAUCUGAAGUUUCAACGAGAAUUGCGCGACCUGUAUGUGCAAGGAGGUGGAGAUUGUCCAGAAAUGAGUAUUACUGCAAUACAGAUGGCACUGCAGGUCUCCCUGCCGAACUCUUUUAUCUAUGUCUUCACAGAUGCACGCUCCAAGGACUACGAAAAAACAAGUGAGGUGCUGACAUUGAUUCAGCAGAAACAAAGCCAGGUGGUGUUUGUGAUGACAGGAGACUGUGGCAAUACCUCCCACCCUGGAUACCAAGCCUACGAGCAGAUUGCCUCUACCAGUUCAGGGCAGGUGUUCUUGCUCAAAAAGUCUGAAGUCAAUCAGGUGCUGAAUUUUGUACGUGUAGCAGUCCAGUCUCGAAAGGUUAAUUUAUUCUCCUCUGAUCGUGCCAAUUCAGAUACUCAGGACAUUAGUCUCCCAAUUGACACAGAGCUUCAGGAGUUCACUAUCUCCAUCAGUGGAGACAACCCAGAUGCCACUAUUAUCAAUCCUGCAGGUCAAAUUGUAACAAGAAGAAAUGGACGCAAAGAAUUGCUCAACAUCAAAAAUGUUCUCAUCAUCAACAUCAAAGAUCCAGAGCCAGGUUUGUGGAGAGUUAAGAUGUCUGCCAAGGGCAAACACACCACUAGAAUCACUGGCCUCAGUUCUACAGAUUUCAUCCAUGGAUUUUCCAAGAAACCCACCGAUGACCUUGUCGAGACAAGACAAAGACCUGUCAGUGGCAUUCCAACAUAUCUUUUGCUCAACGCAACUGGCAUGGAAACUCCAGGACGGUUUACACAGUUGGAGUUACUUGAUCUCCAUGGUGAAACAUUGGCAAAAUACCCUGUUCACCAGCAUCCUGAAAGAGAAUGGCUGUACAAUGUCAGCGCCUUUGUUCCUCCUGCAAACUUCUUCUACUUACGGGUAAAAGGUGUCGACUCCAAAGGUUUUGGACUCCAGCGUUUGACUCCUACCGCCAUCAGUCCAUCUAUCCCAGUGGCACCCAUAGUCUACAUGCCAGAGAUUACUAGAGGUCAUUAUAAAAGGAUAUCACCAAUUACAUGCUAUGUAACCAGUGAGGUGCCAUUCUAUGUGCAGUUCUACUGGGAAGACACCAUACUUGGAACGUCGUUGUACUUUAGUGAGACUGCCAAUGCCACGUGGUCUGUCAAAGAUGCCAGUGCUUUCUCUGAGGGUGUGUACAGGUGUAACGCCACCAGCAUUGCUGGCUCUGGGGCCGCAGAGACUUACUUUGAUGUGACAGACCCUCCACCGUAUGUGACGGCCCCCAGCAAUGUAACGACCAUCCCAGGUCGCAACGCCAUUUUGACCUGCGAGGCCUCCAGCACAGUGGAAUUCAACAUGACCUGGUACAACACUGCCAGAGAGAACUUGGUGACCCAGGACCCUGACAAGUACAUCAUUCAUAGGAACGGUUCCCUGCAGAUUCUAAAUGUCAGAAAAUCUGACGAAGGUCCUUACAUAUGCCGAGCAGCAAAUGAAGGAGGAAAUUCUGAAGAAAAGAUUUAUCUCAUUGUGCAAGUGGCACCAGUGGCAAGAGUACGCCCAGAAUCACAACCCUUUAAAACCGGCCAGGCCGUCAGUAUCCAGUGUACCUCGGAAGGUUCUCCAGCGUCCUAUAUAUGGCGGAGGAAGCAGGAGGUUCUUCCCCUCUCAGAGAAGGUCAAUUAUGACCGAUCAACAGGCAUUUUGUCACUGAAGCACCUGCAGCCUUAUGACGAAGGAGCUUACGAAUGCUUGGCAUCAAAUCCUGCAGGCUCAGAUACUGCUGUGGCUACACUGAGAUAUAUUGAGGCACCAAUUGUCCAGGUGCCCAGUCCAGUGGUGCUUGUGUCCAUCAAGGAGUCCGCCAAGUUGUCCUGUGAUGUCCAUGGUAUUCCCAAACCUAAUAUUACCUGGUUCAAGGAAGGCAUACAGUUCCAUGAGUUUGCCUUUGUUGAGAUCAUGGACAGUGGAGACUUGAUGUUGCUUGGGGUGCAGGAAUAUGAUGCCGGGGAGUACACCUGUGUGGCCACCAAUGAGGCCGGGACAGCAAGAGGACUGGUCACACUGGAAGUGGGAUCCCAGCCAAAGAUCACUCGUGCCCCAAGCAGUGUUGGUAUAGACAUUGAGACCAACGGUACCCUCCCAUGUAAGGCCACUGGGUACCCACCCCCCAAAAUACUGUGGAGGAGAGAGGAUGGUCUUCCUAUUGACUGGAAUGGAAGAUUUAGACAGAUGCCAUCUGGUUCACUUUUCAUACAGAACAUCCAGGCAUCAGAUGAGGGAGCAUAUGUCUGUAGUGCACAGAACCAGUUUGGAGUUCAGGAAGUGUCAGCAUAUGUCACAGUCUCUGGCAUUGUACGUCCCCUGAUUGCUUUCACCAAUCCCCUUGUUCAGAUCAUUGAAGGACGUCCAGUACGGCUUACCUGUUUUAUUCUCCUUGGUAACCCCAAACCUAAGAUAAGUUGGCUGAAAGGUGACCAGGUGAUUGAAGAAGGAAAUGGCUUCAGGAUUGACAGUGAGGGGAGCCUCCAUAUUGAAAGUGUGAGAGCGGUGGACGAAGGAGAUUUUAAGUGUCAUGCAAGCAACGUGGGUGGAAACUCAACUUACAUAACACAGUUGGAUGUGCAAGUUCCCCCAGUCAUAGACAAGAGUUAUGGCAAUGAGUAUGUGGUGGUGCAAGGGAACCGCAUAGUGUUGCAUUGCGAAGUGCAGGGAGACCCACCUCCAUCUUUGGAGUGGUUUAAAAAUGGUGUAAAAAUUCCUGUCACAGAUUCCCACUAUUUCAUCAGCGAGUCUGGCAACUUGGAAAUCUUCAGUGCAGAUCCCAAAGACACCAGCAGCUAUUCUUGUUCGGCCAAUAACAUUGCAGGGAGUGAUCAGAGGUCCAUGACAUUAUUUGUGCAAGUCCCACCAAUGAUAAUGAGUAAAGAGGACAAAUUGAUCGUUGAAGUGAACAAUCCAGUUCUUCUGCCGUGUGAAGUACAUGCCAUUCCAGAUGCUGAAGUCAGGUGGUACAAAGAUGGAGGGGAGCUGUCCAGACUUAACCAGCUUAUAGAGAUAAGAAGGGAUGGUCUAUAUAUGCCCAGUACUCAGGUGGAGGAUGCCGGACUAUAUGAAUGUGAAGCCUCUAAUGUAGCCGGCACUGCCACCAAAAGGAUAAAGCUUGUUGUCCAAGUGCCUCCCAAGAUAAUUACUGAAGGCCCUUCAAAGUUCAUAGUCAUCAAAGGUGACCAUAUCACGUUACCUUGUGAAGCAACUGGAGACCCAGACCCCAUGAUAAUGUGGCGUAAAAAUGGAAAAGACCUGACUGUCUUGGAUGCAGAUGAUGGCUACAUUGUACAGGAAAGUGGUGCCCUCUAUAUUGUGAAAACUAAAGUAAAACACACAGCUACUUACACAUGUAUUGCUGAGAACCCUGCAGGCAGUGAUACCAGGAGUGUUAAGCUGGUGGUGCAUGACCCUCCUCAAAUCCCUGAAGACACAAUAAAAAACACCAGUAUAAUAGAGAAUCAGAAAGCUGUACUGCCAUGUCCUGCCACUGGAACACCACUGCCAAAGAUCACAUGGUACAAAAAUGGCAAGGAGAUCACCGGAAAUGAACUGGGAGUACGGAUACUAGCAGAUGGUUCGUUGGUAUUUGACAGAGCAGAAGCGUCAGAUGCUGGCAGUUAUGAAUGUGUGGCAUCUAAUGUGGCUGGGAACAUAAGUAAUGUUAUUGAGUUCAGGGUUUUUGUUCCACCCAGAAUUGGCUAUGGCGAUGGUGAAGACACUGAUGGCUACCCUCACAUUGUUGUUAUAAUAAACCAGACCGCCAUCUUGGAAUGCCUGACCCAUGCUAUACCACCUCCCACUAUCACAUGGUACAAAGCUGAUGUUCCAUUGGUCAUUGAGAAUGAGCCAAGACUGACCCUGUUGGACAACGGCCAAAGGUUACGAGUGGCUGAAUCUCAACUUGACGACACUGCCCUCUAUAGGUGUCAGGCAGAAAAUAUUGCUGGAAAGACGGAGAAGAAGAUAGACUUGGAAAUACAAGAGCCCCCAAGGAUUGAUGAAACCAGGGUCACAUCUAAGAACAACACUGUGAUUGUCAAUGACACCUUUGAGAUAGAUUGUCCUGUGAUUGGGACACCAAAACCUCUCAUUGUGUGGUUCAAAGAUGGAGAAGUGCUGGACCCUUCUAAGGAUAACAUUCAAGUUCUUCUUGGUGGUAAAAAGCUUCGUAUUCUGUCAGCAGAGGUUGAAGAUACUGGAGAUUAUCAGUGUAAAGCCACAAAUGUUGCAGGAGAGACCAAGAGAAACUACAAGCUUGAAGUUCACGUUCCACCAAAGAUUGAUGACUCAGAUGAAGUGGCAGUCCCAGAGGUAGUUCUGAAUCGCACCAUUGUCAUCAUCUGUCCUGCUUCGGGCAUCCCCAUCCCAGAGAUUGCCUGGUUUAAAGAUGGCAACAUGAUCACCCAAAACACAUCUCGUUGGACCAUUUUGGCCAAUGGGAGACAACUUGAGGUGCGGCAGGCCCAGGUCUCAGACACUGGGCGCUUUCAGUGCAGAGCAAAAAAUGUUGCCGGAGAGUCUGAAAAAUACUUUGAUUUGACAGUCUUAGUUCCUCCUUACAUUGACAAAACCAACAUCAUCGAUAAGCCCAAGGUGGUUGUAAACCAAACAAUUACCAUCAGCUGCCCUGCCAAUGGUAUCCCAGACCCAGAAAUAGUCUGGCUGAAAAAUGGAGAAUUGCUGAACUAUAAGACCCAUCCUGAUAUAAAAUCACUGUCCAAUGGUCGACAACUGGAGAUACGCAAGGCCAAGGUCACUGACACUGCAGUCUAUAGGUGCCUUGUUAUGAACAAAGCAGGAGAAGAUUUCACUGAUUUUACGCUGCAAGUUUUAGUGCCUGCCUACAUUGGCAAGAGAGGCGUGGAUGAAAAACCAAGGAUUAUUGUGAACAACACAUUUUCAUUGAGUUGUCCUGCUGCUGGCAUACCAACACCAGACAUUUUGUGGUUGAAAGAUGGCUUCCCUAUCAGACUGUCUGAAAAUCCAAAUAUACAGGUACAUGAGAAUGGUCUCCGCCUGGAGAUCCGUGACUCCCAAGUUGAUGACACUGGCAGGUACACGUGUAGAGCUGUCAAUGAGGCGGGGGAUGCUGAACAAGACUAUGAUGUUCAGAUUUGGGUCCCACCAACCAUUGACAAGUCCCUCAUUGAUCCAGACCCCAAUGUCAUCGUGAAUAACACCAUCACUCUGUGCAUAUACGCUAGUCAUGCCCUGCAAUUACCCCCCUUUAUUGAGGAGCAGCAGACAGAGUUCAAGGUCAUUCAGGGUCAUGGACUCAUCAUGCCAUGCAAAUCCAUUGGAGUACCUAAACCUAAGAUUAUCUGGGAGAAAGAUGGAGUUGAGAUUAGUCCAACAGACUUCAGCUUCAGACAGAUAAGAUCAGGAGGUCUAGCCAUACCCAUCACCAAAGCCCAGGACUCGGGCACAUUCACUUGUAUAGCUGAGAAUGUUGCAGGGAGGGCAUCAGUCACCAUGGACCUUGUAGUACAAGUAUCUCCAACCAUCACUGGCGACCAGCGUAUCUUUGUGGUCAUACAAGGAGAGACGGCCAUGUUGCCGUGUGUUGCUGAAGGAAUCCCCUCACCACAGAUCCAGUGGAUGAAAGACUUCUCAGGUGUCAGAGACCUGGAGGGAAAGUACAAGAUUUUAUCUAAUGGUACCUUGAGGAUUGAAAAUGUUAAGGAACAAGACCAAGGCAGUUAUGUAUGUAGAGCUGACAAUGAAGCUGGCAAAGACUCCAGAGAAGUACUCCUCAGAGUACAAAUUGGUCCGUCAUUCACGGUGAUCCCCCAAGACCAAGAAGUGACCACAGGUGGACGUAUCCAGUUAGAGUGCGAGGCCGUGGGGAUGCCUACUCCAGUCGUGACAUGGUCUGUUAACGGAUCUUAUCUUCCAGCUGCACCAAGUGUGAACGGCAGAAGUCGUUUGGUGAUUGAUAACGCCAUGAAAGAUGAUGAUGGCACAUAUACAUGUGAGGCAGAGAAUCCAGCAGGGAAAAGGAAAGUUGUGGCAGCUGUCAGGGUCAAAGUCCCACCAAAGAUACUGCUGCCCCCUGGUAACAGAGCAGUGACCAUUGCCCAGCGUAUCAUACUGUCCUGUCCAGUCAGCGGUGACCCCGCACCCACCAUUAUCUGGACCAAGAAUGGCCGCCCCGUCCAGCUAAACAAUAGGGUCCAGCAGCUGUCCAAUGGCUCUCUUAUUAUUUAUGAUUCCACUACAUCUGAUGCAGGAGAAUACAAGUGUGUUGCCACAAAUGAUGCAGGAACAUCUGAGAGCAGUGCAUUUAUCACUAUAAGGAAGGCCCCAGAUUUCAAGUUAGAGCCCAAGGACAUCAAGAUAGACCAGGGUGCCACGCUGGUGUGGGACUGUGUGGCCGAGAGUGAACCCGCGGCUGAGAUAACCUGGAAGAGAGAGACUCCCUACCAGACUGUGCUGUCCACACAUGAUAGGAUUACUAUUCUGCAAAAUAAUUCUUUGAGGAUUGUAGCCACUCAGUUAGAAGACUCUGCCCUGUACACAUGUUUAGCAAAGAAUCCACUGGGAAGAGCAUUGGUACAAGCACAGUUGACUGUUGUAGUACAUGGUAUGUUCAGCAGCUGGUCUGAGUGGAGUGACUGCAGUGUAUCGUGUGGUCAGGGGAUCAUGUACAGAGAACGUGCCUGCGACAAUCCCAAGCCAGCCAAUGGAGGGAGAGAGUGUGUCGGAGAGACAAGGGAGUCUCGCAGGUGUCUGCCCAGGGAGUGUGCAGUUGAUGGAAGCUGGAGCAACUGGAGUCAGUACGAGAGCUGCAGUGCCACUUGUGGUGUUGGAUAUCGUCAGCGAAGUCGCCGCUGUGACAACCCGCCUCCUCAGUUUGGUGGGCGGUCGUGUUUUGGGGAUGACAAAGAAAGAGUGGAGUGUAGUCUGAGGCCAUGUCCUGUUGAUGGUGAUUGGAGCUCAUGGUCACCAUGGCAACCGUGUAGUCAGACUUGUGGCACAGGUAUGCAGGAGCGCUAUCGUGACUGUAACUCUCCCAGAGCAGAGCAUGGUGGGAAGGAAUGUGUCGGAGAUGAGACAGAGAGGAGGAGAUGCAAGAUCAGAGAAUGUGAAAUUCAUGGUAACUGGGGAGGAUGGGCACCAUGGACUGUUUGUUCACGCUCCUGUAAUGGCGGAACCAAAUCAAGGUCUCGGCGCUGCGACUCUCCUGCACCAAGUUAUGGAGGACGAUAUUGCUUGGGUCGAGACACAGAGACUGACUACUGCAAUACACAAGGUUGUCCAAUCCAUGGUAACUGGUCCCCUUGGGGUGGCUGGGGAGACUGUACUGCUGAGUGUGGUGGUGGAUACCAGAAGAGAUUCCGUACUUGUGGCAACCCAGCCCCAAGUAAUGGCGGCAGAGCAUGUCCAGGAAAUAGCGAAGAGGCUGAGAGGUGUAAUGAGGUGGAGUGCCCAGUGGAUGGCCAGUGGAGUCGCUGGAGUGACUGGUCCAAGUGUACACAGACCUGUGGUGGUGGGGAACAGAAACGCACUAGAUCCUGCUCACAACCACGUUUUGGUGGAAAGCAUUGCUUGGGAGAUGAAACACAAAUUCAGAAGUGCAAUAUUAAGUCUUGUGGAGGUGGACUUCCCACAAAAGCUAUGGGUAACAUCAUUGGCAAUGUCAAUGACAUCGACUUUGGAGUAUCAACAUUAAUUGCCAACAUCACUCCAUCUGAAUCAGGAACUAUUGUCACUGCUAAACUACACAACAUUCCAAGGUCCAUAGGCCGCCUUAUGGAGCAUCUCAUCUCUAUUCUGACCCCUAUAUAUUGGACCACAGCUCUUGAGGUAGGAGAGGCUGUUAAUGGAUACACACUUACCAAGGGAGAAUUCCGCAGAGAAGUACAAGUGGAAUUUUCUACAGGUGAAAUUCUUAGAAUGAUUCACAUAGCUCGUGGAAUGGACAGCAAUGGUGAGUUACAGCUGGACAUUGUGGUCAAUGGAUAUGUCCCACAGCUUCCACCAUCUGCCAUCAUCAAAGUAGAGCCAUAUGAAGAAGAGUACAUUCAGACAGCUCCUGGUGCCAUCUAUGCUUAUUCAACAAGGAUGUUCAAAAUUGGGAAUUACAUUAUUCCCUAUGCUUGGAACCACACAAUAACAUAUGAUGCCGAGCUUGGCAAAAUGCCAUAUUUGGUGCAGAAACUUUUUGCGGAUGAUUUAACUGUAAAGUUUGAACCCAGCGAGGAGGUGAUGAGGUAUCAGCUUUCUGCAAGGAUUGCCAAAGGCACACCAAGCAACAAAUGCCCGAAAGGAUUUUUCUUAGAUCCAGAAGGACCAUAUUGCCGGGACGAUGAUGAGUGUGUGAGAUUGGACCCAUGUUCACAUUACUGCCACAACAGUCCUGGCAGCUUUUCAUGUUCAUGUCCUCUUGGGUUAAGACUAGGUCCCGACGGGAGGACUUGUAAAGAUAUUGAUGAGUGUGAUACACGUAUUGCCCGUUGCCAUAGAAACCAAGAGUGUGUGAACACCAUUGGCUCGUACCGCUGCAUGGUCAAGUGCGGACAUGGCUUCAGACGCACUUCGGGCGGACUGUCAUGCCAAGAUAUCAAUGAGUGCCGAGACACGCAGAACCCAUGUGACCAAACAUGCCUCAAUCUGAUUGGUAGCUUUAGAUGUCGUUGUAAACAUGGUUACAGACUUGUUGGACGAACCAAAUGUAUUGAUGUGGAUGAGUGUAAGCAAUCCAACCCAUGCAGUCACCAGUGUGUGAACACACCAGGCAGUUAUGAGUGCUCUUGUCCUGGAGGAUUUGAGUUGGUCAUUGGAGGAGUAUGCAGAGACAUAGAUGAAUGUGCACACAAUAGUCACAACUGUCGUCCAGACGAGGACUGUCACAACACUCAGGGCAGCUUCCAGUGUGUCAAGUCUUGUCCCAAAGGCUUUGAGAAGGCAGCAAAUGGCACUUGUAUAGACCAAGAUGAGUGUACUCUUGGCCUGAGUAGAUGUCACUAUAACCAGAAGUGUAUCAAUUCAUAUGGAGGUUACACAUGUACCUGUCCUAGAGGUUACCGCUCUGAUGGGCCAGGAAAGCCCUGUGUGGAUAUCAAUGAAUGUGCAGGGCCAAAAAGUCCAUGCACCUACCAGUGCCGCAAUAUUCCAGGAAAUUUUGAGUGCCUUUGCCCUCCUGGAAUGAAACGAUUGGCUGAUAAGAAGUCAUGUGCUGGCCUGGAAUUCUUGGAUCGUGGUGAGGUCCUCAAUGUGAUUGGCUCUCCUUACCCUAGUAACCAAUAUAACCACGAUGCUUACACCCAAUCAGAAUGCCAGCCUGGCAAACCAUGUGCACUGAGUGGUGGAUCCACAUUGCGUGUUGCAUGCCCUGUUGGCUUCCGUUAUGAUAGACGACAGGAUCGUUGUGUUGAUUAUGAUGAGUGCCAGCAACAGGGUCGCUGCCAACACAAGUGUCAGAACACAGAGGGCAGCUAUAGAUGUCUCUGUCCACCUGGAUAUAAACUGAGCACCAAUAAAAGAACUUGUAUAGACAUUGAUGAAUGUAAGCUUAAGACAGCUAAGUGUGACCCAAAACAGAUCUGUUUUAACAGACGUGGAGACUACACAUGUAUUGAUACAGUUUGUCCAGAUAACUACAAGAGGGAUCCCAUCACAGGGGACUGUGUUUUAGAAUGUUCAUCUUCAAACCAACCAUGUCCGACCAAUUCCCGCUAUGCAGAUAUUCUACAAGUGCGCACAGUCUCUCUCCCCAGUGGCAUCCCCGCGUAUCAAGAUCUUAUCAGGUUAAUAGCGUACAACCAAUAUGGCGUUCAGUUACCAAAUACAUACUUUGACAUUAUAGAAAAUGAUCCUAAGAUACCAUUCCAAAUAAGAUUGACUUCAGACGGCAAGGGAGUGGUGUAUACGAUACGGCCUCUAGAAAGACAGGCAACAUACAAAAUAAAAGUGCGCGCACGAUCCUUUGACCACACGAAGAGGCACUUAAUGUACCGUACUACUUUCUUAAUACACAUUGCCGUUUCUGCUUUCCCAUAUUAAAUUUUGAACAUUGCUGAGAAAGUUUUAAAUGUAAAUGCCUGUGUUAAGGUGCUAAAGUGCAAUGAUAACACUUGGUGCUAAUAAAAUUCAGGAUUUGAAUAUUGCCAUAGUAACAUGUAAAAUAAGGAGUUAAAUGAUGCCUGUAUAACAUAUGUAUACAUUAAUAAUUUGACUGUUGCCAUAGGUACCACUGAAGCUAAAUUAUUGAUCAUGUGACUUUCCUUAAUUAAUGGCAAUUCCAGUGUUGUUUACAUAAGGUUCAGAGCAAUAUUAGGUGUCCUCGUUUGCUAAUCUGAACUCCUGUUCCAUCUUAUUUUAAUUUGGACAAUCAUCCACAACAAGCAUGCUGCAGAAUGGGAUAGUUUUGACACAGAAAUCACACCUAAAGGAAAAUGUUUUUCUUCUGCUUACAUAAAUAAUACUUACAUGAUGUUGAAGGUUUUAUAUGCUACAGUAAAUUGAUAAGUUCUUAAUUUUUGUUUUGCUCUGCACAAGCCCAUUUUGUAGUUGAUAAUGUUGCAACACAAGUUACCAAAUAAGCCAUAUGCAUGUAUGUUGGGACUGUGGCAGCUUUCUCUAGUGGAUAAAACCUCUCUGUGCAGCAGUUGCCACAGGAUAUGAAUGGUGGCGGUACUGUUUUAUAGGUACAAUGUAUAACUAGUUGAUCUAGGUUAUCACAAAGAGGAGCAUAUCCCUAAGCCUUCCCUGAGAGAAUAUUUUUGAAUAAAGGUGCAAUCUGUUGCACUGCGCACACUGUAGAGGGUUUGAGAGUAUUUGUUUUGGGGGGACAUUUUGGAUUUUUUUCUAGGAAAGUUGUUGGAAGGACUGCCUGGAUCUGUGGAUAUCUUUUGUAUGUCUAUUGUUUGUAUUUGUGGCAUCACGGUUUUAUUUUGCCCUUUAAUUGCGACAUAUUUUAUCAAUAAAAAUGAGACAUUUUAAUAUUGCUGUACUGAUUAGUAUAAGCAUUCAUAAGUCCAAUCAUGCCAUCACAAUUCCAUAAUUCCAUAGAAUCAUCAAUAAUAAAUAAUUGAUGAGAACAUAAAAUGGUAAUUUGGGAAUAUGGUACCUUUGCUAAUGUGAGCCAAUGUAACCAUAAGAAGGUUGUAAACAUUAGUGUACUCACGAAUUUAGGCAAUGCUCUGAUGCCAAGAUUUUUGAGAUUUUUUUUAAAACAUUUAUGUUUUUCUCACAAAAGCAUCCUUUUGACAUGACUAGCUUUUCAAAAGUUUUGAACCUUCUUAUUCAUUUUCAUUUACACUAGCAUAUGAAAGAUCUCUACAAUAAUUUUUUGAUCAAAGUCGAUGCACAUUUGGUGGUGGGUACAGCUGCACCACAUUUCUCCAAUCAUAAUGACAAUGGAAAAGUGAACGAACUAUAUUCGAAUAAGACAAUAACCGCCCGAAUGAGUUGAGUGGACAUAGUUAGCAAUAUAGUACUAUUUUGGCAAAUGCAUCAUAUUGUUUAAAUAUAUUUAGUAGUUGCCAUAGCAACUGGUAUAGAGGCAGUACCAUAUCCCUACCAAAACAUGCACACUUACUACCUCUAGGAACACAAUUAAUUUAACAGGGAAAUUAAGUUGUGCUAAGGAGCAUUUCAUUACUUCAUCUACAAGAAGAAGGAAAUUUCCCAUCAUAGUGAUAGACAGUUUAGGAAACAACCUUUUUUCUUUGCUCUCAUGCUGCUUUUCAAUUUGACUUGUUAUAUGUAAUUGUUUGGAGAAUGUCUUUUUAAAGAUAUUAGAACUUAGAUAUGACUUAAAGAACGGCAACUCUCAGUGCUUGCAAAGGAGCAUCAUGUUAAUUGUAUAGCGAAUUGCUCUGUACACUUUGAAAUAAGAAAAACAAAUGUACAUUUUUAUGUAAUAAAAUAUUUCAAAAUAA